ACUCUUCACAUUUUUUCAAAGCUAGCUACUUCUGACUUCUCUUCUACCAGUCCCCACUCACUCUCUCUCUCUCUCUCUCAUCACAAUCUCAACUUCGCUCCCGAAAUUCGAUCGCGCUCUGCUCAAUCCGAUCAGAAGGUGCGGCCUCUCUGAUCGAGCUACGUAGUUGCGCAACAGCUCAGGAAGGAUGGGAUCAGGAGCAUGGAAGAUUGAGAAAAGAGACGAUUUUAGAAGCGAAACUUUUAAAGAGGAGAAUGUGCUUGAGAAUGGGACUCUGUCGAUUAUCGUGCUUGGCGCGUCCGGUGAUCUUGCCAAGAAGAAGACAUUUCCUGCGCUGUUCCACCUUUUUAAGCAGGGGUUCCUGAAUCCAAAUGAAGUUCACAUUUUCGGCUAUGCAAGGACUAAGAUUUCUGAUGAUGAGCUAAGAAGCCGCAUACGUGGAUAUCUUAUCCAAGGAGCUUCCUCCAAGGACUUGGAAGAAGUAACCAAAUUUUUGCAACUGAUCAAAUACGUGAGUGGUUCUUAUGAUGGUGAGGAGGGUUUUCGGCAGCUUGACAAGGAAAUUGCAGUUCACGAAGACUCCAAAAACAGUGCAGAUGGAUCGUCUCGCAGGCUCUUUUAUCUCGCACUUCCUCCAUCAGUAUAUCCAUCUGUUUGUGGCAUGAUCAAGAACUAUUGCAUGAAUAACUCUGAUCAUGGUGGUUGGACUCGUAUUGUUGUUGAAAAGCCUUUUGGAAAGGAUUUGGAAUCUGCAGAGAAACUCAGUAAUCAGAUUGGAGAAUUGUUUGAUGAAUCACAAAUUUACCGUAUUGAUCACUAUUUGGGAAAGGAAUUGGUGCAAAAUUUGUUGGUACUUCGUUUUGCAAAUAGAUUCUUUUUGCCCCUUUGGAACCGAGACAACAUAGAGAAUGUACAGAUUGUGUUCAGGGAGGAUUUUGGAACUGAAGGUCGAGGUGGAUAUUUUGAUGAAUAUGGAAUUAUCCGCGAUAUUAUCCAAAAUCAUCUAUUGCAGGUUCUUUGUUUGGUCGCCAUGGAAAAGCCUGUUUCCCUUAAACCUGAGCAUAUCCGGGAUGAGAAAGUGAAGGUUCUUCAAUCGGUACUUCCAAUUAACGACGAUGAAGUUGUUCUUGGACAAUAUGAUGGGUAUACAGAUGAUCCAACUGUUCCUGACCACUCAAACACUCCCACUUUUUCAACUGUGGUUCUGCGUAUACAUAAUGAAAGAUGGGAAGGUGUUCCAUUCAUACUAAAGGCUGGAAAGGCAUUGAAUUCAAGAAAGGCAGAAAUAAGGGUUCAGUUUAAGGAUGUUCCUGGUGACAUAUUCAGAUGUAAAAAACAAGGGAGGAAUGAGUUCGUAAUACGCUUGCAACCUUCAGAAGCUAUGUACAUGAAACUUACGGUUAAGCAGCCUGGACUUGAGAUGUCGACUGUCCAAAGUGAAUUAGACUUGUCAUAUGGGCAACGUUAUCAAGGGGUAGCAAUCCCAGAGGCUUAUGAACGCCUUAUUCUUGACACAAUAAAAGGAGAUCAACAACAUUUUGUACGCAGAGAUGAGUUGAAGGCCGCCUGGGAAAUCUUCACACCUCUUCUGCACAGAAUUGACAACGGUGAGCUAAAGCCACUUCCAUACAAACCAGGCAGUAGGGGUCCUGAAGCAGCAGAUGCGCUGCUAGAGAAAGCUGGUUAUGUACAAACACAUGGCUAUAUAUGGAUCCCUCCCACCUUGUAGAUGUGCUUCCCUGUUUGCUUCCCAGCUCGGGCUUACACGUGUCAUAAAUUUGUUGUUCUUUCAAUUGCAAGCGUAAUAAGCUCAAAAUGCAGAAUAAAUAAAGAGUGCGGUAUUGUGUGUAAUAGAUUUAGCCAUCAUGAGUAGUAAGGUGCUGCUUCUCUAAUUCAUCCCAGUUGGAUGGAGCAGCAUUUGCUUUGUUAGUUUGUUGUAACCUAUGGAAUAAUUUUCACGUUAACUAAUGGAAAAUACCCAUCUUCUUAGU